AUGUUUGACGACCAAGACUUGGGUUUCUUCACCAACUUCCUAGGCAUCUUCAUAUUCGUAUUGAUCAUCGCGCACCACUUUGUGAUGGAAGACCCGAAGUACGAGAACUGAUCUCCUUUUGUUUAGCAAUGAGACCGUAUUAUACUGAGAGCAAAUAGGGAAACAUGUUGGUUAAUGUGGACAGAGCGCUUGACAGUUCUUUUUAAGUGCAGUUAUCUGGCAUUGUGACUUGAAUCAUGCAUGUUUAAUCUGUUGAACUAGUGAAUGGUGGAGACUUCAAAAGAUUGAUUUA